AUGGAUCUUGAAUUACUACAAGACCUGCCCAUGCUGAAUUUCCCAUCACCCAUCAAGAUCCGAUCCAUCCACACCAACAGAGAUGAUCAUGGCGGCGGCGGCUGCACCACUCCCACUUCCUCCGACCACAAAAUUCCUCCCUCCACCGCCACCACUCCUCCUCCUCCGCCUCAGAAACGCCGUCCAUCUCCGACGCCGUCGUCUCUCGCCAUCAGAUCUUGCAAGAGGAAGCUUAUGACGUCGUCCAAGGUUGAGAUCAUCGUCAGCAAAGAUGAGAUCGAUCACUACUUCUCCUCCGUUUACAAUCAGGCGUUGACGCCAUCGACCACCACCACCACGACCACGGCGGCUCUGACGGUUUCCAGGCGGCGGAGAAGUUUCCGUUCUUGUUCCCGAGGGUGA